UAUCAACGCAGUGUACAUCACAAACGUAAAUGGUGUUUUGGCUAAAGCAAGGAAGAGUCAAGAGGAGAGCGAAAAGUGAGACAUUUCCUAUUUGUGUUGAAAUACCACCAAUACCGUGAAAGGUAGUUUGACUCGUGUAAAAACACUGUAAAUUGCAAACAGAACUGUUUAAAGAAAACCCGAAAAUAUGUCCAAGAUAUUAGCUGCGGUAAAAGCACGAUUUUCAAAGCUUAACCAGUCGCUGAAGGAUUCCAUUAAAAGGACAGUUGACGAUUACAAAGCAGCGGCAUCAGACACUGCGGAAAAUAUUAAAAGUCGGCCUGCCAGGUCUCUUUUAAACACUGCAGCAUUUUGUGGCGCAAUAUAUUUAUAUAAAACUGUACCAGAAGAGCAGAACUUCCAUGCUUCUCUAGUUGAAGCUUCGAAUGAUCUUCUUUUAGUUGGAGACGCCAUUCGUAAUCCAGUCCCAGAUAACCAUGUUCAAAAAAUAAUGCAAUACACGACAAAGGGAAUGUUAAGAUACCGCCACUUUGGUGUUUUCUCUGUGAUUUAUUUCUCAGAUUACGACAGGGAUGAACGAACCUAUCUUUCCCAGUGUAAAUACACAAACCCUACAUGGACUGAACUGCCAAGUAGAGUACUAGAUAUUGGUUGCAUGGGUAAAUGGUGGAAGCUACGAUGGGUCAUGACAGAUUUUGACGUCAAUUUCGAGGAGCAUUCCAAAGAAUUCAAUCAUUAUUAUGAAGAGCUUUGGGAUCAAAUACGGACUUUUUUCGGUUACACAUACUUUAAUAAUUUAAUUGCCCAACCAUUGAAAACCCAGCUUUAUGUAGCAACACCUGCUGACGAUAAAGUAUGAAUAAAUUUAUUGUGCCUGUGUUGUAAUGUUAUGUUGUUAUUGCUAUUUUUGUUUUUUAAGCAACUAAACACAUUGCUGCUAAGCAACUAAACACAAUUCUUGAUUUCGCAAAAUAUUUCAUUAAAAAUUAAACUUAAAAAUUUAACACACAUGCAUAUUUUGAAUUUCUGGGAAUACAACUUCAUUGAUUUUUUU